GUACCUCCAUACCUCUACAUAACUCCAUACACCAUACAGAUCCAGCCACCUCACCAGCUUUCCCAAGCUGUUUUUCUCACCAAUCCAAUACGACAUAAUCGUCACCUAUAUCUACUUCUACUUUGGAGUAGCACGCGAUCCCCCGUAUUCUCUGCCUCAGAAUCAUUUUCCGAUAUAUUUGCGACAAAACAAUUUAAUUCUUUGAUCACCGCCGAAUCCUUAUUGUUGUAUCGGACAUUCCUGAGAGAAACAUGGCUCCUCCGCCUCCAGCAAAUCUACCUCUCACCGAGAGAAUCCUAGCUCUAGCGAAGACAUUACAGUUCGCAUGGUUUAGCGGACAUUUAGUACUUCUGUUAUGUAUCUUCCGAUACUCCCUUUCUGCCAUCGCCUUUAGUUACAAUACCCGCUGGGCCAGAUUUACUUACCGUACGGCCUUCGUUUCCGCGGCCCUUACCUACGGAAUUGUGGUCUAUAAAACAUGGCGAGCUAGACAGAAGGUCGGCCCUAAGAACAUUGGAGCUGCGGCUCUCCUCGCCGACGAGAAUGUCCAAUACUUAGCCAUGGCCCUAGUCUGGCUUCUAUCUCCCCAGUACAGUCUUGCCAUGCUUCCCUACGGUAUCUACUCUGUAUUCCACGUCGCAACUUACACCCGAAACAAUGUUAUCCCUACCAUCCAGCCCAACAAACCCGCUCCCGGUGCUUCCCCAGGCGCUAAGCCCCAGUCGGCCAACCCUAUUGCCGAGGUUAUUGGAAACUUCGUCAAGCAAUACUACGAUACCUCCAUGUCCAUUGUGGCUGGCCUCGAGAUUCUGAUUUGGGGUCGAUUGUUCCUCUCCGCUAUCCUUUUCCAGCGCCGCUCGUGGAUUCUCAUUACCAUCUACACCAUCUUCCUCCGAACUCGAUUUGCUCAGAGCUCCCACGUUCAGGACUCGUUCAGAAUACUCGAGUCUCGCAUCGAUUCUUUGGUAGGUGCUCAGGGUACUCCUCCGGCGGCGCGAUCUGUUUGGGAGGGUGUGAAGAACGGCAUUCGCCAAUUCCACGACGCUUCGGAGAUUGGCAAGUACGUGGGUGGUAACGCGGUACCCAAGAAGACCUCUUAAGGCUUAUACGGUAGUUUCUACCCUAAAUAAAGCUUUAAAUAAGGCUGGUCAUCGUUGGACGCCUAAGGUGAUACGGCGUAAAGACGUAAAGCGUGCCAAGCUACAGGAGGGAGGGGGUUAAGCGAUAAGAAGAUAGUAUACGAGGAAUACACAACGCAAUUUGAGGGGACAGCUGGUUACCGUGAAUAAUAGGGAGAGACGAUUGAGCAAUCAGUUAGGAUCACACGGAGUUCAGAAUGAGAAGUAGAAAAGGCUCCCUGCUUCUUGAGUUGGCGGGUGGUAGAACGGCGCGAAAGUCGGCGGCUUGUAUUGCAUUGCUUUGACAGGCUAAGGACAUUCUAUUAUAUUUGUUGCGCGUACCGUUUUUUUUUGAAAUCCAAUCCAAAUCUUUCAUGCCACGAGUAUUUGGUUUCUUCUCUCUGGUCUCGUACCAUGGCUUAUCUAGUUAUGCGGAUGUGCGACGUUUAUAUCGGUUGGGAAAAUAAAUAGGGGUGUAUUCAUAAUUGCAUUAUCAUUAUUAUUGUACAACCACGGCACGCGGCGACCUUUGACCCAGAGACCGCCCUGUCAAAGAAAUGUAGAUGAAAACAAGAUAUAAGAG